GAUGCAGUUCUAUACAGUCUUUAUGUAUACUCACCCAACAAGAUUGCUCCUGCGAUAUUUGCAGUGCUGUAUGGAAUCUCGGCGGCUGGUCAUAUCUGGCAAUGCCUGUGUGUCUACACANNUCACUAUAAAGCAUGGAGAAUGAUAGGACUGCAUCCGAUGUGUGCAGUCUUCUAUACAGCGGGCUACGCACUUCGAGAAUACGGCGCUUUCAAUUACCUAUAUUCACCGACAAACCUCAAUGUCUUCAUUUUGGCCAACUACCAUGUUUUAGGCCGGGUGUUGUACUAUGUUCCGUAUUGCGCGCCUUUCCCGCCCCAUCGCAUCAUGUCGUUGUUUGGCGCUUUGGUCGCUAUCGUCGAAGCUCUUAAUGGUCUGGGAGUUGCGUUUACCUCUAACCCUUCAUCCUCGCCGAGCACUCAAGAGCUAGGAAGCAAAUUGACCAAAGCAUCGCUUGCCUUCCAGCUUGCUGUGAUCGUUGUGUGCGUCGUUCUGGCUGGAACCUUCUAUCGCAACUGUGUUAAAUCUGGCAUCCACAGCAGAAACAUUAAAACCCCACUUGUUGUUUUAUCUGUUAGCAUGUUUCUAAUUCUUGUACGCUGCAUCUAUCGUCUGGUCGAACACAUCGGGAAUGUCAGACUUGCUAUCGAUGACCUUGAGGCUAUGAAACGUCUUACACCACUUCUUCGCUAUGAAUGGUACUUUUACGUCUUUGAGGCUUCGACUAUGCUGCUUAAUUCGGCGAUCUGGAAUAUCUGGCAUCCUGGUCGUUAUUUGCCUCGAUACCAUAACGUACACCUCUCCCGCGACGGUCUCGAAGUGCACGCAGAGGAACACUCGGAUGAUAGACCAUUGCUGGCUAAGGCAGGCUCGGUGUUGACGUUUGGGAUCUUGUUUCGCAGGAAGAAGGUGGCGAGGCAGCAGAGUUGGGAACUUGAUGCUCGUAAUAUCUACGACUCGAGACAAAGGGAAACGAUGAUUGAUCACUAA